CAUUUCUUGAAAAAAAUGGAAGGGCGUAGUGAAAAGAAUGUUAGCAAGAGACGUCCUGGUGAUAAAAUUGCAGGUGGUGAAUGCAAAAGAAAAGCCAUAACACUGGAAGAAGAGAUGAGGAGACACACUUGGUUUCUGUUGUUCUCUAUUGCUGCCACCUUCCCAGUGUAUGUUCUGGGAUAUUCUAAUGGGGAGGUUGAGAGUGCCUGUGCUAGCAUGCGUCCCAGCCAUGGUGGAAAUACUGCACAAUCAACAGAUGCACCUUAUCAAAUUAUUGCAAAUAGCAGCAGAUUUAACCCAGGGGAUAUAAUCCAAGUGACGCUGCGGAGCAAUCCAGGGACCAUCUUCAAAGGAUUUCUGCUGGAGGCUCGAGCAGCUGGCUCUUCAUCACAAACACCACUUGGCACCUUCACUCAAAGUCCUGAAGAUGCUCAACUCCUUGACUGCCCGAUUGAUGGCACAACCUACAGAAGCUCUGCUGUAAGUCACAGGUCCGCAAGUAAUAAAAUAGAGAUCAUUGUCAAUUGGAUUGCAUCGGAUACAGGGAACAUUCAAUUCAGAGCCACUUUUGUGCAAUCAUUUUCAACAUUUUGGAUGAAUGUCAGAAGUGAGACCAUUGAAAGAUCUGGCAGCAAUGUGCCUCCUUCUACUAUGACCACUCCUCUGAACACCAUCACUCUAUCUCAGGGGAUCUCUAGUAAUGGAUGUGGCAGCACCAAAUUUUGCUUCAGUAACCCUGCACAGUGCAAUCCAGCCAGUGAUCCAAACUGUUUCUUUAUGUCAUCCACUCCAAAGGGUAGCCAAGGCUUGCAAUUUGAAAUGAGUGGAAGGUCAACUGGCUAUAUCUCGAUUGGUUUUUCAGAUGACCAGCUAAUGGGAAAUGAUGAUAUCUACAUUUGUGGUAUGGAUGUCUCUGGGAAUAUACAAGUACAGCGUGCCUAUUCCACAGGAAGAGUGCGUCCUCGCAUAGAACCACUGGGCGAAGUGGACAAUAUGACUGUUGCUAAUGAAAAUGGAAUCAUUCAGUGCACGUUUGUCACAAGAAACAACAUAUCAACAGUACAAAGAGCUGCCAAUAAUCAGUACUACCUAUUCUUUGCGUAUGGGCCUUCAGCUCGUGGGCGAAUAACGCUGCAUUCAGAGAUCCCAUUCAUCUCAACAGAGAAAGUGGAUGUUACAGUUGUACAGUUAAUUGGUGGCAACAAUAACAGAUCAAUUCUCAUCAGGACUCAUGCUGCACUGAUGUUAAUAGCCUGGAUGACGGUUGGAAGCAUUGGCAUGAUAAUUGCCAAAUUCCUUAAGUGCCUUGGUGGCCAAAAGAAGAUUUUGGGCAAGAAUCUUUGGUUUCAGCUUCAUUGGACUCUGAUGAUACUAACUGUUGUUCUAACAAUCAUUGGCUUUGUGCUGGCUUUUGUGCAGGUGAAAGGGUGGAGUGCUAAUGCUGGAGCCCAUCCCGUGUUGGGCUGUAUUGUAAUGGGCCUCUCACUGAUUCAACCCACUGUAGCCUUUUGCCGACCUUCACCAGAUCACAAGAGACGAUUCAUUUUUAACACUUUUCACGCCUGCAUGGCUUUAGUCAUUAAAAUCCUUGCAGUGGCAACUCUGUUUCUAGGGUUCAAAUUGAUCGGAGGAUCAGAAAAUUCUUGGAUGGUGAAGGUCUUGGGAGGAUUUGUUGGAUGGGGAGUUCUGAAUUAUAUCCUGUUUUGUAUAUGCUGCUGUUGCAAAGGAAAAGCUUCAUACAUCAAAUGCCAGAAGAAGGUGGAACCCAAUGUGAUCCUACUGAUUGUGUACAUAUGCGGAAACUUGGCAUUUCUGAUAGCUCUUCUUGUGGGAAUCGGACAGAUUUAAAAUGGCAUUUGGAAGCGAGACCACAAUGGAUAUAUGUUAACGUCAUCAUUAUUAACAUGGAUAUACAUUGGUGCAACAUCACUAUAUCGCUACAAGCCUCGAGCAUGAGAUAUGUCCUAAAUGUACAUCUCUCAGAAGAAAAGAAAUAUAACAUGAAUACAACACAGUUCCAUAUUUGCACAAUAGCUAAUAUUUGAUUGUCAAACAUAAUUAUUUCCUAAAUUCUCUCAUGAUUCAUUGCAUCAAAAGACCAGGGAAAUAUUUUAUUAAAUCAUGAAGUAUAGCCAUCAUUGCAUAAAACCAUCAUAUGCAUGGUAUUAUAAAUUCUCCCGCUCAUUGAAAUGGUAGCAAUUAAUUAGAAGUAAUUAUUGUAUUGCGAUUAUUUUUAUUUAGUGUUUAAUAGUUUGCCACAAAUUGUGUGGCAACAUCAGGGAAAUUUGUGGAUGAGUUAUUGAGACAGAAUCGCAGGACUAAUACAGUGGAGAAGGAGUCCAUUCAGCUCAUCAUUUCUGCAUCAACUCUCUGAAUGAGCACUAUGCCUCAAUGCCAUUCUCCUGCCUUUUCCUCAUAAUUCUGAAAAUUGUUUCGAAUAACAUAAUCAUCUAAUGUUCUCUUAAAUGCCUCAACUUAACUUGAGUCUCGCCACUUUUCUAGUCAGUGUAUACCAGAACCUAAGCUACUUGCUACGUGAUUUCUUUCUCUUUGCUUCUUUUACAAAUUACCUUGUAUCUGUGCCCUCACUUUAUGCCCUUUAUGAAAAGGAAUAGUUUCUCCAUCUUUACUCUGACCAGCUCUGUCAUGAUUUAAAGAAAGUUGAUCAGAUCUUUUCUUCACCUUUUCCUCUCUGAGGAAAACAGUAUCAACUUUUCCAAUCUCUCUUCAUGACUGAAAUAUCUCAUCUCUAGAAUAAUUCUCAUAAACCUCUUCUGCAAUCUCUCAGGCAGACAAUGGAAGCUGAAACCUCGUGUAUCUAUUGGUGAUAAUGUACCUCAUUCACAUCACUUGUAAAUUUAUUGAGUUCUAUUUUUAUAGCAGAUUAAGGGAUUUUAAAGCAAAUUUCAACUCGGUAAAUAUUUAAAUUCUUUUAUAAGAGUGUGAUUCCGUUUUCCUUCUCUCUUUCUACUGGUGAUCGUUUCCCACUCUUCUGAAUCAGUUGUUUGAAUAUCAUUCCAUAGGACAGUUAUCUGACUGAGUUCAGCCUGAUCGGCUAUUAAACACAUCUGAAUCUUGACCAUAAUGUCUGCUGAGUGAAAGUUAAAUUGAAGCAUACAAGCUCUUUCUUGUUUAUCUAAUGUCCACAUGUACUUUCAAUAGUGCCAGCUGUCUGUCUUUUUGAGGAAAAGGGCUCUUUGACAUGAUUGUCAAAUAGAAUAAGCAGAAAAUACAUUGUUAAUCACCAUUCAAAACUUCUUUAUUGAUGAUCAGACACAAAACUAAACUGAAUGCCAAAGCCUGAGUGUUUCAGCAGUUGAAAUAAAUCAAGAAUAUUUUGUACACAAAUACCAGUGCCAUUGAGGUCACAAUGUACUUAAGGUAGUUGGAAUCAAACACCAGUUUUUGUUUUAAAUUGUUAAUAGAAAACUUAUGAUUCUUAACUUAUCAAAAUAAUUGUUUUUACUGUUUAAUAGCAAACUGUGUAUCUAAAAUGUAUUUUAAAUCAAGGUUUUGAUAAAACACAUUAUUCUCUCAAGUCA